GCGGUUAUAGUGGAAGGAGUCAAACCAUGGCUUCACUGAACACGUGUGAAAGCAGCUCCUGAGGAAAGCUGCUGCUCAGAGAAAUGCAGUUCUAACCAGAGUGCAAUCUCUUGGGAAGGCAUCCUCAGGGGUGAGAGGAGUGGAAAGGAAUGCGAGGACCAGGAAGGAGGAAGGGCUGAGCACGAGAUUGUGCCGAGGUCACCACAAAAGGCAGCAAAGAUGCUCCAGAGAAACCGGUGCUUCAUUAGCAUGAUAAAACACGAACCCCCGGGAGUGGUGAUCGGAGGUGAUAAGGAGCGAUGCCCUGGUCGGGGAACAGCCUGAGAGCUGGGCUCUUCCCGGGUGGGAAAAGUCUGCGGUGGAGCUCACAGCUCCCCAGGCAGCAGCACCCGGAGGGGCACCGUGUGAAGCAGCGAGAGCCUGGCUGGAAGCUGUCCGGGCAGCACCGGGACGAGCACUCGGCAUCCGCCGCUCGACGUGACUGCAAGGAGCCGGGCUGCCUGCAGCAGAGACUCCAAGCGGCCGGCUCGGCACCCGAGGAGCCCAUGAGCAUUGCGGAGGUGGCCGUGUAUUUCAGCAGGGAGGAGUGGGCGCUGCUGGACCCUGUGCAGCGAGUGCUCUACCGGGACGUGAUGCUGGAGACGUACGAGUGCGUGGCCUCGCUGGCUCCACUUCCAGCCCCCAAACCUGUGGUGAUCUCCCAGCUGGAAGGAGGGGAAGAGCCCUGGAUUCCAGCUGUGCACAGCCCAGAGGUCAUGGCAGAAGGCUUUUGCCCAGCAGGAGGUAGGAUCACAAAUAGAAAGGAGGAUCUGCAGAAAGGUGGUGUGGCCGAAAAGCAUUGGGGUAGUGGCUCUGUGGAAGAAAUGCGAAGGGAUGUCCGUGGGGGCCUGGAGCAAGGAGAGCACUUGACGAAGGCACUGGGAAACCAUCCAGGAAAGAGAGUGAGGAACGCGCUGGGCUGCAGCACAGGUCAGGAGCAGCUGGAAGACGUAAGGAGCAAGGAAGAGUGCCAGAAGAAAAGGCAGAAUCGGUGUGAUGAGUCUGGGAAAAGCUUUAAGAGGAAUUCCAGCCGUGUUAACCAUGAAAGUAUUCGGCCUGGGGAGAGACUAUGCAAGUGUCCUGAUUGUGCAAAGAGCUUCCGAAGGAGUUCUGACCUCAUUGUCCAUCAGCGCAUCCACACAGGUGAGAGACCCUACAAGUGCCAUGAGUGUGCAAAGAGCUUCAGAACCAGUAGCCAUCUCAUCACCCACCAGCGCAUCCACACUGAAGAGAGACCCUACAAGUGCCCUGAGUGUGCGAAGAGCUUCAAAAGCAGUAGUGAACUCACUGUCCACCAGCGCGUCCACACAGGAGAGAGACCCUACAAGUGCCCUGAGUGUGGGAAGAGCUUCAAAAGCAGAGCUGAACUCACUGUCCACCAGCACAUCCACACAGAAGAGAGACCCUACACAUGCACUGAGUGUGGGAAGGGCUUCAAAAGCAGAACUGAACUUAUACGCCACCAGCGCAUCCACUCAGGAGAGAGACCCUACAAGUGCCCUGAGUGUGGAAAGGGCUUCAGACGCAGUACUGAAGUCAUCUGCCACCAGCGCAUCCACACAGGAGAGAGACCCUACAAGUGCCCUGAGUGUGGAAAGGGCUUCAAAACGAGUGCCCAUCUCAUCAGCCACCAGCGCAUCCACACAGGAGAGAGACCCUACAAGUGCGCUGAGUGUGGGAAGGGCUUCAAAAGCAGUAGUGAACUCACUGUCCACCAGCGCGUCCACACAGAAGAGAGACCCUACACGUGCUCUGAGUGUGGGAAGGGCUUCAAAAGCAGAACUGACCUCACUGUCCACCAGCGCAUCCACACAGGAGAGAGACCCUACAAGUGCCCUGAGUGUGCGAAGAGUUUCAAAAGCAGUAGUGAACUCACUGUCCACCAGCGCGUCCACACAGGAGAGAGACCCUACAAGUGUCUUGAGUGUGGGAAGAGCUUCAAAAGCAGAGCUGAACUCACUGUCCACCAGCGCGUCCACGCAGGAGAGAAACCCUACAGAUGCCCUGAUUGUGGAAAGGGCUUCAAACGCUGUACUGAACUCAUCCGCCACCAGCGCAUCCACAAAGGAGAGAGACCGUACAAGUGCCCUGAGUGCGCGAAGAGCUUCAAAUGCAGUACUGAACUCAUCCGCCACCAGCGCGUCCACACAGGAGAGAGACCCUACAAGUGCCCUGAGUGUGGGAAGGGCUUCAGCAGACGUUCCCACCUCAUCCGCCACCAGGGCAUCCACACAGGAGAGAGACCCUACAAGUGCCCUGAUUGUGGGAAGGGCUUCAAAAGGAGUCCCCAUCUCAUCAUCCACCAGCGCAUCCACACAGGAGAGAGGCCCUACAAGUGCGUUGAGUGUGGGAAGGGCUUUAAAAGCAGUACUGAACUCAUUGUCCACCAGCGCAUCCACAAUUGAUAGAGACCCUUCUAGUGCCCUCUUUGCGGGAAGGGUUUUAGAAGCAAUUCUUCCCUCUACUCCCACAAGCACAUCCACGCCGGAGGCACAUUGUAGCAGUUCCCUGAGUUUGUGUGAAGGUUCACAAGCACUUGCAUCCUCGUUUCCUAGUAAGUAAGCCUUGUGUCACUUAACAUCUUUCUGAGCAGAAGAGAAAGAAAAGAGAGAGGUGAGGCAGCGGGAGACAGAGAGGGAGAUGGACAGAGACAGAGAUCACUGGUCCACGUUCCAGCUUUGGUCCAGCCAAGAGAGGUGCGGGGCUCUUGGGUUGCGAGCAUCCUUGUCCCGAGGUUUCAAAAGUCUCAAAAAAGAACCCCAAGGAUCUCUCUGGCAUCCUUCUAUGGCUGCUAGAUGUACCUGUGUGCCAUCCAGGGCUGUGAACAAGUGAGUCUGCAACAAGCAAGAUCAUCAAAAACAAGUUUGCAGUCAAAACUGACAGCAAAAUGGGAAUGUUUUGGACAGAGCAAGGCCGUCUCCAUUUUCACAGGACUCCCUCCUCCCCCAAGUCUCCAGCCUUCAGUCUGUUGACGUGGGAACACUUGAAUCUUCCAAGGCUUUGAGACAAUACCAGGAAUAUAUCAAGUAAAGUGUUUUUCCUUGAUCUGCUCCGUAACACGGGACCUGAGGGCUGACACAAUGGCAAGGAGAAAGGAGAACGGCGUGGUGGUAUAAGGAGAGCAGCACUGAAAAGACCAUGUCCUGCUGCUGCCCAUGGCCAUGGCUCCAGGGAAGCAGCAGCCUGACUCAAAGGCAGCAGAGAGGGAGCGCCCAUGGGGCGGUGAGGGGCAGCCCCACAGACACCAGGGCUGCUGCUCCGUGUGGCAGUUGGGCUCCUGGUUCCAGCACCAAGGAACCAAGGGCUCCUCUCCGUCAUCCAGAGGAGAUGGGAGCUGAGAUCAAUGAUUUUCUGAUCAUUUCUCUAUCUAGGCAAAGAGCCUGGCUACUUUUGUACAUGAGGAUUGCCAGCCAGAAGAACGUAGAAAAUAAAGAAGAAAUGUGAUGAAUAGUGUUACUUAAUUGGAACUAAAACCAUCAUAGGAUUGAGAGAUUGGGAGCGAGGGGGGAAGAGAUGAAAGAAAGGCAGUCCAAGCUUUUCCUGAAUUUUUGAUCGUCCCAUGAAGAGCAUUUUACUGAUGCUGAAGGAACGUGUCUUGACAGAGUUUCCUGAGGGCAUCCCUGAGCUGCUGGUUUCUCAUGCUGUAGAUGAGGGGGUUGAUUACUGGAGGUAUCACUGUGUAUAACACCGCCACCACCAGGUCCAGGGAUGGGGAGGAGAUAGAGGGCGUCUUCAGGUAGGCAAACACGGCAGUGCUGACAAAGAGGGAGACCAUGGCCAGGUGAGAUAGCCGUCCCUGCUCAGAGGGCAUCCUCAGCACGGCCCUGAAGAUCUGCACAUCAGACAGCACCAUGAAUAGUAAACAAGCAAAAAAGAUUAAGACACCUAAUAUGACAAGUCCAACUUCCCUGAGGUAAGAACCAGAGCAAGAGAGCUUGAGGAUUUGGGCGAUUUCACAGAAGAACUGGUUCAUGGCAUUACCUUGGCAGAGUGGUAUUGAAAAAGUGCUGGCAGUGUGCAGCAGAGCAUGGAGAACCGCAGAGCCCCAGGCAGCUGCUGCCAUGGUGGCACAAGCUCUGCUGUCCACCAGGGUCCUGUAGUGCAGGGGCUUGCAGAUGGCAAUGUAGCGGUCAUACGACAUAAUGGUGAGGAAGAGAAUACUCUGCUGAGAACAAAAACAUAAAGAAAAAGACCUGUGCAGCACAUCCAGAGUAGGAGAUGGUGGUGGUGUCGCAGAGGGCAUUAGCCAUGGCUUUGGGGAGAGUGGUGGAGAUGCAGCCCAGGUCGAGGAGGGCGAGGUUGAGGAAGACGAAGUCCAUGGGCGUGUGCAGGCAGUGGUCACAGGCUACGGCUGUGCUGAUGAGGCCGUUGCCCAGGAGGGCAGCCAGGUAGAUGGCCAGGAAGAGGCAGAAGAGCAGGAGCUGCAGCUGCCGCGUGUCUGCGAAUGCCAGGAGGAGGAAGUCGCUGAUGGAGCUGCUGUUGGGCAUCUGCUGCCUUUGGCCACAAGAACGUGUCCAAGGAGAACAGAACUUUCCCCAGAUAACUCUCCAGUGUGCUGUUCAAGUUGUGAACACUUGAAGAAGAUGACAGGAAGGCACAAAGGCACAUGAGGGCUCUGUAGAUUGAAAUGGGCCCCAGGGGGCAUUUGCUGCUGAGUCCAUCUACCUCCAUUCCUGUGAGAAUACGGCACGAAGUGCUCAAGAAGAUGAAGUCAGAAGUAAGAGGGAAGUUUCUUGGAGUACUAAUGGGCCCCACUGAGGGCCAUUACCAACACAGCUUCCCCAGGGACUUCUCCGAGCAGAUGAUUGGAAGCCCUGAUUACAGGUAGACAAAGGCACUGUGAUGGCGACACUCAUGCUGAGAAAACCCUCCUUUGUCUUAUGAAGUGGAAAGGCCAAGCCCUGAUCCCCAGACCCUUGGAAGGGAGAUCCUGUCCCUCAUGCUGGCUUAGGGCUCUUCCUGGGGCAGUGGGAUGGAGGUUUGUAUGAUGUCAAAUGAAAGACAUGUACCGAUGCAUCAUCACUGCACCACUGCCCACUGAGACAGAGCAGUGAAUCUGCUGUCACUGUGCUCCUUCCCAGUGCGACAGCACAGGACCUCUGACAUCACAGUGCUCCAACCCACUGGGACGGCAGAGUGACCCUGACAUCACUGUAAUACUGACCAGUGCAACAACUCUGUAAUUCUGACAUCACUGCUCUCCACUCCACCGAGACACCACCGGGACUCUGGUGUCACUGAGCUCCUAUCCACUGCGACAGCACAGGGACUCCAACAUCACUGUGCUCAUACCCACUGUCAGAGAAUCCGAGAAUAUCCCGUGUUGGAAAGGACCCACGAGGAUCACUGAGUCCAACUUCAGUCUCCACACGACCACCCACAAAGCAGACCAAAUGACUGAGAGCAUGGCCUGAAUACUUCUUGAUCUCUAGCAAUCUUGGUGCUGGAACCACUUCCCUGGGGGCCUCUUCCAGUGCCCCCCUUUGGGCACUCUCCAUACUUUGAUGUCCUUUAUGUUCUGCAGUGCCCAGGAGUGCACCCAGUGCUGCAGGUGAGGCUGCAGCAGUGCAGAGCAGAGCGGGACAAUCCCUUCCCUCACGCGGCUGGCAAUGCCAUGCUCGAUGCAGCCCAGGGCACGGUUGGCCUUCCUGGCUGCCUGGGCACACAGCUGACUCACGUUCCAUUGGCUGCUGACCAGGACCCCCAAUCCCUUUCAGUGGGACUGCUCUCCAGUGUCCCAUCCCCCUGUCAGUGUGUAUGUCCAGGGUUGCCCCUACCUGAGUGCAGAAUCAGGCACUUGUUCUUGUUAUGCUUCAUGCAGUUGGUGCUUUCCCAGUUCUCUAACUUGUCCACAUCUCUCUGCAAGGCCUCUCCACCCUUGAUGGAGUCAACAGCUCCACCCUAUUUGGUAUUGUCAGCAAACUUGCUCGGAACAUCUUCUUGACCUGCAUGCAAGCCAUGGAUGAAAUCAUUAAAGACAAGUGGCUCUAAAAUGGAGCUCUGGAGCCCCUAAAA